ACGUUGCCCUAAAUCGAGAGACUUCUAUUGAGGCACGCUCUCUUCUCUCUCUCACACACACUUGUGGUGGGGCGAGUGUCUGUGUCUGUGUCGUUCAUAUUUCCUCUUCUCCAAGGAACCAGGAACCAAACUACUUCUACGUUUUUCAAUACCAUUAACUGAUAUGAAUAAAACAAUAAAAUAAACAAAAAAAAAACCUAGCAAUAAACCUAAUCAUGAGUGUUUUGCUUUCUACUCGUACAGCCCCCAGCAUCUAAAUCGAAGGCCAGGAUCAUCUUAAGGUUGAUUCCUUCUUUGAUUCGAGCUGGAAGAUUUUAUUUGGGAAAAGGAGAAAUUUGUAAAGAGAGGAUGGCAGGGGAACUGAAGCACUCUGAAAAUCCAUGGAUGACUGUGGCCCAGCAGUCGUCGAGGAUGGAGGAGUUUGAUGAAAAUGUUUCUUUGAUGUCUGGGUCAAUGAUGGUUGUUGGUGGAAUUGAAGCCUCUGAAAUUUCACAGACUCGGAGUCACCAUUCGGAUGCCUCUUCAGGUGGCAAAUUGGGGUUGCCAGAGCGUGCAUUUUCUGCAGCUGGUGCAGCAUUUCUAUCUGCCGUUUUGGUCAACCCACUUGAUGUGGUUAAGACAAGACUGCAAGCACAAGCUGCUGGAGUCCCUUACUCACAUCCAUUGAGUAAUGUUACUAGUCGCAUGGCGUUAUUUGGACCACACAUGAUGUUUGCUGAUCUGAGGUGUUCUCCCUCUUGCACACGUGCUGGGGUUCAUGGUACUGUAGCACUUUGCCCGCCUGAUUGUUUUCAUUAUAAGGGGACCCUGGAUGUUUUCUACAAAAUUAUUCGCCAGGAAGGGUUUUCUGCGCUCUGGAGAGGAACAAAUGCUGGCCUAGCGCUUGCUGUGCCAACUGUCGGUAUAUACUUGCCUUGCUAUGACAUUUUCCGCAACCAAUUAGAGGAAUUUACUGCACAGAACGCGCCAAGCUUAACACCUUAUGCUCCUUUAGUGGCUGGUUCACUGGCACGUUCUUUAGCUUGCACAAGUUGCUAUCCCAUUGAGCUUGCAAGAACACGCAUGCAGGCAUUUAAGCAUCUCCAUGGUGAUAAAAGGCCUCCCGGAGUCUUGAAGACUUUAAUUGAUAUUAUCUCCCAAGUGAAGAGUACAACCAGCUUGAGUAGCAGCUUACAAAGCUACCGUGUCUUGUGGACAGGCCUUGGGGCUCAGCUUGCUCGCGAUGUUCCUUUCUCUGCAAUCUGCUGGUCAACCCUUGAACCGGUAAGGAGGCGGCUUUUAGGUCUUGUUGGAGAUGAAGCCAAUGCAAUCAGUAUCCUGUGGGCAAAUUUUUCUGCUGGGUUUGUUGCUGGGGGCCUUGCUGCUGCUGCCACAUGUCCUCUUGAUGUUGCAAAGACUCGUAGGCAAAUUGAGAAAGAUCCGAGCAGGGCAUUGAAGAUGACAACAAGGCACACACUCCUACAGGUUUGGAGGGACGGAGGAAUUAAAGGCUUGUUCACUGGUGUUGGUCCCCGUGUUGGCCGUGCAGGUCCUUCAGUGGGGAUUGUGGUUUCAUUCUACGAAGUUGUAAAGCACAUUUUGCAUCAUCGAUAUGCUACUUCUUAAUCUGCCAGACAUCUUUCCCACUCUUUUUCUUAACUAAAAACCACAGCCGCUGACUAGAGCUAACUAAGGCUUUGGAGGUUGUAACAAAGCACACUUGAUGUCUAUAAAUAGGUUUAGAUUGCAGAAGUUUCAUGGUACAUUAUCUGCAAUCUUUUCUAGAUGUCAGGAAAUAAUUCCUCUUCUCAUUUAUUUUUGGACUUUUGAUUAUUAGGUUAGUUGUCGCAUGAGUCCAUUAUUGAGAAGAGAUUUUGUGGAAUUUUUUUCAUUUUGAUCAGUAAGCAAUUUUUGCUGAGUAUAUCUCAGUUUUGUUUGAAGCACCUUACUCCAGUUUUGCCUUGUGAGUUGCUGCAGCUUUAUCUGCAACUUUUAUUUUGCCCUUUCCAGGUAUACUAGAUGUGGAAAUUUUUGUUGUAUUAAAAUUUCAAAUUCCUCCUGCAUAGAUCACCAAGCAA